AUGGAUGAGGAUCUACGUCUGCUCGAGCAGGAAUACUGCCCAGCAAUAGAUCCCACACUACUGUAUACGAUAUACUCGGAUUUCGCGGGAGAGCCAAACGCGGUUGACCUUACUAGACAGUUGCUGGAACCCUUGAAGUUGACAGCCGAGGCAGAAGCCCUCGAUUUCGACCCCUCGGGCAGCAGUGGAGGCGCUUUUCAGGGUAGCCCAGACAAGCACAGCACCGAUGCCGACUCGAACGCUGAAUCCUGGACCACGCAAACGGUAGCCACGGACCGCUCGACUCUCUCAAACGAAUUCUCCACACUUAGCGUAAACGGACGGUCAGGAAGUUCGGAAGGGUCGUUGGAGGAUGGAUACUACAAGGACACUGAGCAAUUCGACGUCCCGACAAAGGAGCUGUUGCUCGCCGAAACCUUCCCAGGUCUGCGGCUCGCACAGGUGACGUAUACGUUGAAGAAAUGCGGAUACGACUACGACAAAGCGACGGAUGAACUGUUGAACCAAGUCUUCUUUGACGAUAGCAGGAAGAGCCCUACUGAAGAAGGUCCAAUCGCAAAGGGCAUUGAGGCCUUCUCAGAAGAUCACCACGUCCCACAGAAAGGCAAGAAGGGGAAGAGCAAGAAGAAGCAGAGGUUAUCUCUGGAAGCAGGCACUAGCCAUUUUGUCGAAUCAGAUGCGCCGGCAAAUCGUUGGCAAAGCACAGGUCGCGACGUGGACUUUAUAACAUCGCGCACAGGGCUGUCGGCGAAGGCUGUGUCGUCACUUUACCACGCAAACGGAACUUCACUUUCGGCAACUGUACUAGCGAUCGUAAGGAAGGACAUCGCAGCGCACAAGAAGGAAAGUCAGCCCGACGCUGCGCUAGUGCAAGAUGCGAUCACAUUGAACGAAGCCUUUCCGUCUAUGGACUUGGAGCAUGCCCUUGCCAUAGUGCGCCUCACUGCCCCAUCAACGAUAAAAGCUCAGGAAUUAGCAAAGUCUCUUACUCAACAACCUGCGAGCGAAAUCGGUGGCAAAGGUGGCAUCAAGCUCGACAUACGAUACGCUCCUGUCGAUCUAUCUGAUCCUUCCGAAUCUUCGAAACUUCCUACCUUGACUCCCUCUGCCCGGCCCCGUGACGCAAUGUCCACGGCCGCUGCUCGAAACGAAGCUUUUGGAAAAGCAUCUGGAGCCUACCGUAGAGGCAAAUCCACACCCCUCAUGAGACAAGCAGCUGCGUACUACGCACAAGAAGGCCGUGACCUGAAUGCGAACCUGAAGGCGAUGAACGCAGCCGAAGCCGACGCAUUCGUUUCGCAACAAUCCGGUCCCACUGAUCUGGAUCUGCAUGGCGUCACUGUGGCAGAUGCAACAAGAAUUGCCAAGCAACGAACGCAAGCUUGGUGGAAUAAUCUAGGCGAGCGAAGAAUACCAGAAUGGAGUGGUGCUGGUCGAAGAGGAGGGGGUGAGGCAUACAGAAUCAUCACUGGCUUAGGCAGACACAGCGAGGGUGGAAGAGGAAAGCUAGGGCCUGCUGUACUCAAGGCAUUGGUCAAUGAAGGCUGGAAGGUAGAAGCGGAGCCUGGAGAGCUAUACGUUACAGGCCUGGCAAGAAGGAGAUGA